AGUGUGUAACUGAUUUUAAAAAAAAAAUCAACCAAUCUGAUUCUUUUUCUUUUCCAAAAGAAAGAAAGAAAAAGAAAAUGAGUUUCAUGAUGGACAGGGCCACGGAAGCAGCAGCCAGCGAUUUGGCUGAAGUCAGAAAACUAAUCGAAAGUAUGAAUGCCCUGGUAAGUAGUCAACAGCAACAACAGCAGCAGCAACAACAAUUACUUCAAAAACAAAAAGAAUUACAGCUUCAACAACAACAACAACAACAACAACAACAGCCUCAACAACCACCACCACAGCAAUCACAGCCGCCACAAGAGCAACAGCAACAACAAGAAGAAGAAAGAAAUUUAACUAAAGAGGAAUCAAAAGAGGCGCCUUUGGUUCAUAACCAACAAUUGCACCAACAAUCAUUACAUCACCACCACCAACAACAACAACCACAGGAAACACAAUUGAACCCAUCCUUAAUGCCUCAAGGCACAACACAAAACUGGCCAGCCAAUACCAACACUCAAUAUGCUGCACCUAAUUUUAGUCAUCAAAACCAUGUUAACACAACCACUACUACCACCCAUGAUGCCAAAACUCAAAACACAUCCGUACCACCCAUGGCCCAAGCCUUACCUACAGCAGGUGUUAUUGUUGAAGUGAGUCAUAUUACGUACAGUAGAACAUAUUACUUUCAACUAUCUCGCAAGUUCAUUAUAUAUACCAUAUUUUUAUAUUUCUAACAGUUCCUUCUACAGCCGAAGCAACGAUUGAACCACUUAUAGCUUGGUUAAGAUUGACCUUUCAAGAUCCAACUAUUUCUGGAAUGGUAUUACAGUACAAAGGCUUUGAUGGAUUAUGGAAGUGUCUAUUGAACAGAGAUGAUUCUUUAAAAAGGGUGUUGAAACAAAACUUGAAAAACAAUACUAUACUUCAGAUGAGAGUUCCUUGUGAACAGGAUCUUUUAAGUGUAAGUUGUGAAUUCUAUAGUUGAUAGAAUAGGGUUUUCUUAUCA